UCCAGCUGCUGCAUCCCGAUGCAUCCCGAUUUUGUGUCAACAAUUUCCGUUCACAAAGUUAAUUUGAUUUACAAAAGUACAAAAUAAUGCCUGAAGAAAUAUUCGAAGAACCGUGGUAUCGGUGUUGUCGAUGCAGAACAACGUUUAAAUUGAAAACCUUGAUUAUUCGCCACCUUAUUUUACAUAAGGUUCACCGGUUUGAGAAUGAUAGCGAUGCAAAAUGUAUAGAGGACUGGGAAAGGGUCAGAGUCUCCGACGGAAACGUGGUCAAAGUUCACCUUCAGGUUCAACCAGGCAGUCACGAGGAAAUCACUAUUAAUCAACAUCCACAAACAGCUUAUGUCAUUUCCGAUAUUGGCCUGCAUGGUGUUGGUGGAGAGGAUAAUCACAUAAACCAGUCAUUUGUCACUCCCUUUGGUCCAAGCAUUUCUCAAACACCUCUCAUUCAUCAUAAUGCACCUUCUUCCAGUGCUGUAAAUACUAUUACAACAACGGAGGAUCAAAUUUUUAAAUGUCGCUAUUGUUUAGCACCAUUUGCUUUGUCUAGAUCUAGGGCUGUACAUGAAGCAAAAGUUCACAAUGAUGAGAUUAACGGGUAUCCCUGCCAAAUAUGUCAAAAGAAUUUUCCAACUAUUGCAAGCGUUCAAGAUCACUAUAGGUGCACCCACAAACAAACUCCGCCUGUCAAAAAAACAUGGAAACUUUGGAAAACUCACGGGGGAGAUAUAAAUGAUUACGCCCACCCCCCUGGAACUAUACUACCCAGCCACACACAGUCUAAUUUUGUACCGUUACAAUUACAACAACAAUUACAACAUCAUGAGGAACAAGAUGAAACCGUUCACACCUUAGCACUUCAUCCUGUUUGUAGAGAAGUCGUGGUAAUGGGAGUAUUGGAUGAAUCCUCCCAAGUCGAACAGCCUAUUAAUCAUCAACAUGAACAACAACAGCAAUUUGAAUCAUACUACUUUCACGCAGAAACUGGCCCAAUCGCUAUCACCACCCCACAGCAGCAAACUUCCCCUUCUUCUUCCUCACCCAAAGUAAAAUUUCCAAAAUCUAACGACGAUGACCAACAAGGUGUAUGUCAACCAUUUCAACAUGACCCCAACACCAAGAAGCGAGGAAAGAAGACACGAUUUCCAUCUGAUUCGACGUCGUCCUUAUCGAAAAAGAAUAAUAAUAAGACACCAUCUAAACUUAUUAGGAAAAGCAAAUCCCCCAAAUCAAGCACUUCACCAUCAUCGUCAUUGCCCACAAAACUACCUAAAGACUCCCCCUUCCGCUACCAACGACUAAAAUGUACGAGAUGCGAAACUCGUUUUCGCACUCAAUGGGAAAUGACAGUCCAUUUAGGCGACAAGCAUGCUGAAUAUAGUUGUGAAUUUUGUUCCCUCAUGUUUCGUGUCAAGGAUGAAAUGUUGAGACAUCAAUAUAGCGUACACAACACCGAGCUUGGUGUAUAUCAGUGCCAUUUCUGCGUAACACGGAUAAAUUUUGGUUCUCCAAGGUUAGUUCAGGAACACGUCCAUUUGACACAUCCGGAAGUAAAAGUUCCUUCGACAAGUGUCGCGUUAAAGUGGCGACGAGCAUAAAGGGGAUUAAUUAAUUGAUUAAGAAACUCGAUUAAUUUUACUCUACCUCACAACAUAUAGAUAUUUUACCUUAUCUGCAUUCUAGUCACGCCAAUUAUAAGUCGCCAAUAAUUUACGACAAACUUGUUAGCCACAUGUUUAUGUAUUUAUUUGUAUGCAUUUUUCCAAGAUAAGAAUAACCGAUGUGUAUAUAAGUAUAAUAUUUUGCUAUCCAUUUACACUGACUAUGCAAUUUAUUUCAGACAUUUUCUUGCUAAUAAAAGUGAAAGUUGAACCAA